UGCAUUGGAAACAAGGCAUCGUAAUGCAGAGCCGCCGCGUGAGUCGGAGGGUGGUGGACAGCGAUUAUAAUAGUGGCAUAUCAGAGUGUUUGUACUGGAACGAGAAACAAGUGGCAGACUGGGUGGAGGAGCAGGGCUUCCCGCAAUAUAAGCAAUGCUUCCUGACUAACUGCGUCACUGGGCGGAUGUUGAUCGCUACAGAUACGUCUGCGCUGCCGAGUAUGGGUAUUACAGACUUCGAGGAUAUGAAGCGUCUUACCAAACUGAUACGGGACCUGAUCGGAAUCCCCAAACUACACUCGAAGCGCGAUGUGGCCAUGGGGUGUCCUAAGGUGGCCUACCUGGAGCUGAAACGGCGAACAGGCCACAAGAUGGACAACACCACGUACAAGUCUUUCAAACACCAACACCGCCACUUCUUUUCCCCGCCUAACAAAUGGUGAUGAAACAAACGUAUAAUGAGAUGCCCGGACCAUAGUGAUGUGUAUUGUCCCUGUCAUAUAUAGCUCUGUUUCUGGACAUCCUAUCCAAACUGGUUUCCGUUUCCAUUAGACAUACACACAAAGGUGAAGCUUACCAAAAUUUGGCUGCAAUUCCACUACACCAACACAAAAAGAGAAAACAAUUCAAAUAUAAUCUUUUCCACUAAACUGACGUACAUUGGACAGCAUAUCCAAACUGGUUUCCAUUUCCACCAUACCUAUAUACAAUGGGACUGUCUGUCAAUUUGGUGUCUGUUCAACCAAACUGAAAAGCAAUGAGUCAGCCUAUCAAAUCUGGUCUUUAGUGCCACUUAAACACACAACGGGACAGUGUAUUAGAUCUGAUAUGCGCAGGUCAAAGCCACCAUUUUAAAAGUUUAAAAGAUAAAAGAUGUACAAAUGUAUUUUGUAAUUUUGUGUUUAAAAUAAACCUGCCGAUAUUUAACUCACUGCUGGUGGCCAGAAGAUCCAUAUAUUGUAUGCUGGACCUAAACGCUGUCAGGUCUUACAUUCCCUUGAUACUAUUUUGUAUGUGGUUUCGUUGCACUCAUGGUCCUGGGAAGGAAGUUGUGAAGAAAGAGGUCAAGAUGUGCUGCUAUCUGUUGGUAAUUAAGGCUUCCUCUUCUACGUCUUGGGCUUGAUAGCUUUCAUAUUUGGUUUAAGCUCGAGUCCACACAAACUACUCUAGAUCUUGCUCUUCUUAAUUCCCAUUGGCCCCAGCCGAGUUUUUGUAGAAUAACGCUCAUACUGUUCGGCUCCCUUGAUAUGUUGUUCCCUACAGCAUAUUGCAGUCUGUAUCUCCUCAAUUUGUUCGAUCUGCGCAUGGAUGCAAGGGUUGGGCGGAUAAGCGUGAUGUACACAAUAACUUUGAUAUCGUAAGGACAGGCGUGUAGGUUCCUCCGGAGGAAGCCGAUGGAUUUUGAUGCUAUUUCUAACAUGUUGUUUGCGUGUUCCCUCCGUGACAGGCAUGAACAGAUGCUGAUUCUCAAAGUACUUGCUCGAUUUUACUGUUUGCGGUUUAUGUUGAUAAACAGUCUUUCUUGUAUGGCAACACACUUCUCAAGAAUUGAACUUUAUUUGACAGGUGUUCCCCCUUUUGUAGUUGUUUCAUGUCGUUUUGGAGGCAGAGACAAUAUGGUGCAUUCUUAACUGGUCUAUAUAUCAAGCAAUCGCUAGCAAAUAGACGCACUUUAGAGUUUACAGAUUCUGGCAAGUCGUUGAUCGACAGAAGUAAAAGUAGUUGGUCAACCGCUUUUCUUCAACGGAUCCCUGGUAUACCAUUAGCAGCUUCCGACUGGCUACCUUCAUUAAUCACUCAUUGUUUUCUCGAACCUGACGUGGAUGGGUUUUCUGUAGUUGUUUUAAAUCUGGGUGCAGGGGCUAGUUCAACAGCUCAUGUUCUUUCGAAUUUCGAUGGUAUCAAAUCUAGGCCAGAUGCCAUCUGUGGGCUGAGUUUUCUCGUUUGCAUGCUAGGCAUCGAUAGUGAGUGCUUUCCACCCCUGGAGCUGGUACGAUGGCGGUAUCAUCUCUAGUGAAGACCGACUGAACUGUUUGUUACGUAUCUCAGAUUCUGCUUUUGCUUCACUCUACUCUUGUCCGUAUGCAACCCAAACUGAAUCAUGUCCUUUGUUCUUGAUGUUUGAUUAUUGGGGGUUGUGAUAGCAUUCUGGGUUGAUGAUGUUGUCUAUGAAAUUCUUGUGUGCGUAUCAGAUCAUCCGCUGUUUCCACCUUCGGUGAUCUGCAUCUCGUUCAGUCGCGUUCUCUUUGUUACUUUAGCCUUCUUGUUUGCACAGUCCUAGCGACGCACCAUUCGUCUAAUUUUGUAGUUGAAUGCUUGUGUGGUACAAUGUUCUGUCUUAUGUCUAUUUCCACCAAAGAGACACACUAUCAGAUCUGGUCUGCAAUUACAAUACACCUACACAAAAUACCUACAGAAAACCCAACAUAUGAGAAAUCUGUUUAAGUUCUGUACAAGUGGGAAAUAUGUCAGAUCUAUUCUUCAUUACCAUUUAACACACACGGAACUAGCCACUCCAGGCGCGUAGCUUGGCUCUUUUGGAUGUUCAUGCAGAAAGUCGCACCGAAGGUGCGAAUCCGAGCGCCGUAGGCGCGAAGCCAUUCUAGGGGGGGAC